AUGUUACACCAGUUGGACCCAUGUCUAUGUUCUCCACAGACCGUUCUUCAGGAGAUCAGAGCCUGGCUGGACGUCCAUCCCAGAGAGGUGGUUCUUCUGUCCUUCAGUCACUUCCUGGGUCUUAACCAGGACCUCCACACUGAACUCAUAUCCACCAUCAGAACCGUCUUCACCUCCAAGCUCUGUACAACUACGGUAGGGACACCUCCAGGCUCUGUCCAACUACGGUAGGGACAACCCUCCAGGCUCUGUCCAAACUACGGUAGGGAACACCGUCCAAGCUCGGUCCAACUACGGUAGGGACACCUCCAGCCUCUGUCCAACUACGGUAAGGAGACAACCUCCAGGCUCUGUCCACACUACGGUAGGUAGGGACACCUCCAAGCUCUGUCCAACUACGGUAGGGACACCCUCCAUGGAUCUGUCCAACUACGGUAGGGGACACCUCCCAGGCUCCUGUCCAACUACUGGUAGGGACAACCUCCAGGCUCUGUCCAACUACUGGUAGGGACACACCUCCAGGCUCUUGUCCAACUACAGUAGGGCCACCUCCCAAGCUCUGUCCAAACUACGGUAGGGACACCUCCAAGCUACCUCCAGGCUCUGUCCAACUACGGUAGGGACACCUCCAGGCUCUGUCCAACUACGGUAGGGACACCUCCAGGCUCUGUCCAACUACAGUAGGGACACCUCCAAGCUCUGUCCAACUACGGUAGGGACACCUCCAAGCUCUGUCCAACUACGGUAGGGACACCUCCAAUGUUCCCUCUAAUCUUUUUUGGCACUGAGCAAAUUUCAGGUCUGCUGAGCGCAAUUUCUGUGCAACUUCCAGCGUGUGUUUACUGUGAACACUGAGGCUGUACCCGCUUUAAGUUACCGUUUUAACAGUGGCCCAGUAGGCUACUGUGGCUAUUUGAUCAUAAUGUAGGCCUACCAGAGUGGCCUACCAUCAAAAACAAUGGAGAAAAUUCAUCUCAUAACAUUUUAACAUGGAAAUAGCAAUUGAAAUAGCUGUUCUAUGAUACAGCCUACAGGAUUUUAUUAGGAUCCCCAUUAGCCGUUGCAAAAGCAGCAGCUACUCUUCCUGGAGUCCACACAAAACAUGAAACAUGACAUAAUACAGAACAUUAAUAGACAAGGACAGCUCAAGGACAGAACUACAGAUAUUUAAAACAGUGGCAGCUAGACUAGCUGCUACUCCAAGCAGCUGAUCAGACACUUGGUCGGCAGGAUCAACCUGUUUAUCCACUCAGACCAGGAGGUGAAAAUGUUUUUGUAUUGUGUUGUUUGAUACAAGAAACCACUUUACAAAAUAAAAUGUUCCCAUACCAUUAUUAUAACAAAGAAUCAGAAAUGUAUGCUACCCUCUGGCUAUUGGCUCCUUAGCUUUUUCAAGCCUGUCUCAAUACAACACUGUCCCAAACACUGACAUAGGAAAGCUUUUUACAUGACUCGAUUUUCAAAGAGGCUAGAAAUGGAGGAAGCAAUCACUUCCCCAUUUCUGACCAGAAAGGAUCUACAGGGACAGUAGGGAGGCUAUAUACAGGGAGGGUAUAUACAGGGAGGCUAUAUACAGGGAGGCUAUAUACAGGGAGGCUAUAUACAGGGAGGCUAUAUACAGGGAGGCUAUAUACAGGGACAGUAGGGAGGCUAUAUACAGGGAGGCUAUAUACAGGGAGGCUAUAUACAGGGAGGGAUCUACAGGGAGGACUAUAUACAGGGACAGUAGGGAGGCUUGGAGGCUAUAUACAGGGAGGCUAUAUACAGCGUAGGCUAUAUACAGGUAGGGAGGCUAUAUACAGGCAGAGGGGGGAUCUACAGGGAGGCUAUAUACAGGGAGGCUAUAUACAGGGAGGGGAUCUCACUAGGGAGGCUAUAUACAGGGAGGCUAUAUACAGGGAGGCUAUAUACAGGGAGGCUAUAUACAGGGAGGGGAUAUACAGGGAGGCUAUAUACAGGGAGGUAUAUACAGGGAGGGGAUCUACAGGGACAGUAGGGAGGCUAUAUACAGGGAGGCUAUAUACAGGGAGGCUAUAUACAGGGAGGGGAUCUACAGGGACAGUAAGGGAGGCUAUAUACAGGAGGCUAUAUACAGGAGGGGCAUAUACAGGGAGGCUAUAUACACGGAGGCUAUUACAGGGAGGCAUAUACAGGACAGUAGGGAGGCUAUAUACAGGGAGGCUAUAUCAGGGAGGCUAUAUACAGGGAGGCUAUAUACAGGGGAGGCUAUAUACAGGGAGGGCUCAUAUACAGGGAGGCUACAGACAGGGAGGCUAUAUACAGGGAGGCUAUAUACAGGAGGGAUCUACAGGAGGCUAUAUACAGGGACAGUAGGGGCUAUAUACAGGGAAGGCUAUAUACAGGGAGGCUAUAUACAGGGAGGGAUACUACAGGGAGGCUAUAUACAGGGAGGCUAUAUACAGGGAGGGGAUCUACAGGGAGGCUAUAUACAGAGGACAAGGAGGCUAUAUACAGGGAGGCUAUAUACAGGGAGGCUAUAUACAGGGAGGGGAUCUACAGGGAGGCUAUAUACAGGGACAUAAGUGAGGCUAUACAGGACAUAGGGAGGCUAUAUACAGGGAGGCUAUAUACAGGGAGGGGAUCUACAGGGUGACACAGUAGGGAGGCUAUAUACAGGGAGGGAGGUAUAUACAGGGAGGCUAUACAGGGACGUAGGGAGGCUACUAAUAUACAGGGACAGUAGGGAGGCAUAUACAGGGAGGCUAUAUACAGAGGAGCUAUAUACAGGAGGCUAUAUACAGGGGCAUACUACAGGGAGGCUAUAUACAGGGAGGCUAUAUACAGGAGGGGAUCUACAGGACAGUAGGAGCUAUAUACAGACAUAGGGAGGCAUAACAGGGAGGCUAUAUACAGGGGCUAUAUACAGGGGGCUAAUACAAGGGAGGGGAUUACAGGGGCAGUGGGAGGCUAUAUACAGGGGCUAUAAACAGGGGGGGGCUAAACAGGGAGGCUAUAUCAGGGAGGCUUAUCAGGGAGGCUUAUCAGGGGGCUAAACAGGGGGGCUUUUAGGGGAUAAAAAGGGAGGGGAUCUAAAAAGGAGGCAUAUACGGGAGGUAUAUAAGGGGGGCUUUUACAGGGGGGCAUAGGGAGGGUAUAUAAAAAGGAGGCAUUACGGGACAUUAAGGGAGGGGCAUAUAAGGGGAAAAAGGGGGGUUUACAGGGACAGUGGGAGGCUAUAUACAGGCUGGGGGAAUAAGGAGGGGAUAACAUGGGGGGCUAUAUACGGAGGCUAUAAAGGGGGAUUACAGGACAGUAGGGAGGCUAUUCAGGGACCGUAGGGGGUUUAUAACAGGCAGUAGGGGGGCUAUAUACGGGAGGGGCUAAGGGGGAGGGAGGAUUCAGGGACUUUUGGAGGCUUAUCAGGAGGGUUAUGGGGCCCGGGAGGCUAUAUACAAUUUAAAGGGGGGGUCUAACAGUGGGGGGCAAUUUGGGAGGGGUAAUACAGGGAGGCCCUAAUUUUAAGGGAGGGGAUUACGGGUAGCAUUGGGAGGCUUUUAAGGGAGCAAACAGGGGGGAUCUACAGGGACUAGGAGGCUAAUUUCGGGAGGGUAAUCGGGAGGAUUACGGGGGGUAGGGGGGGCUAUUACAGGGGGGGGGGCUAUAUAGGGAGGCUAAUACAAGGGGGGCUUUACGGAGGCUUAUACAGGGGGGGGUUAUACGGAGGCUAUAUCGGGGGGUAUUACAGGGACAGUAGGGAGGCAUAUCAGGGAGGCUAUAUACAGGACUUAUUUGAGGCUAUAUACAAGGGACAUAUGGAGGGGAAAAAGGUAAAUUAAAGGGGGGCUAAUACAGGGACAAUUAAGGGGGCAUAACGGGAGGCUAUAUCAGGGGGGGCUAAUACAGGGGGCUAUAUACAGGGGGAAAAGGGGCUAUAUACAGGGGAGGGGAAACUACAGGACAGUAGGGAGGGUUAUACAGGGGGCUAUUACAGGGGGCUAACAGGGAGGGGUUACAGGGCAGAGGGGCUAUACAGGGGGGCUAUUAAAAGGGAGGGAUUAAAAGGGGGGCUUUAAAGGGGAGGCUAUUACCGGGGGGGGUUAUACAGGAGGGGGGCCAGGGGGGGACAAAUAAAGGGGGGGCUAUAACAGGGGGCUAUAUCAGGAGGCUAUAUACAGGGGGGGGAUCUCAGGGAGGUAUAACAGGGAGGCUAAUAAAAAGGGGGGCUAUAUACAGGGACUAAGGGAGGCUAUAACGGGGGGUAUAUACAGGGGCGUAGGAGGGAUAUAAGGGGAGGGGCUUUACAGGGGAGGGGGAUAUCAGGGAGGGGGGGUUUUACAGGGGGGGGAUAACAAAGGGGGCUAUAUACAGGAGGCUAUUACGGGAGGGUAUAUAAGGGGGGGGGGGGUUACAGGGGCAGAGGAGGGUUAUACAGGGACGUAGGGAGGCUAUAUAAGGGAAUUAAAGGGGGGGCUAUUACAGGGAGGGCUAUAUACGGGGGCUUAAAACCGGGGGGGUCUACAGGCAGUGGGAGGCUAAAUACAGGGGGGCAUAUACAGGGAGGGGGAACUACAGGGACAUGGGAGGCAAUACGGGACAAGGGAGGGUAUUACAGGAGGGUAUAUACAGGAGGUCUACAGGGAGGGGACUAAGGGGCGGGGGGGCUAAUACAGGGAGGGGGUCUACAGGGAAAAGUAGGGAGGCUAUUACAGGGGGCUAUUACAGGGAGGCUAUUACAGGGGAGGGGAUUACGGGCAUUAAAAGGGGGGUAUUACAGGGGGGCAUUACAGGGAGGCUAUAUAAAGGGGGGUAUUACGGGGGGGGGAUUACAGGACAUAGGGAGCUAUAUCGGGGAGGCUUAUCAGGGGGGAUCUACAGGGACAUAGGGGAUCAAUAAGGGAGGCUAUAACAGGGGCUUAAAAGGGGGGGGAUCUACAGGGACAUUGGGGGGGCAUAUACAGGAGGCUUAUCAGGGGGGCCUAAUCAGGGGGGGGAUUACGGGACCUUUUGGGAGGCAUAUACAGGGGGUGAUCUCAGGGACAUAGGGAGGCUUAAAAACAGGCAUAGGGGGGCCUUAUUACAGGAGGGAUUACGGGAAAAAGGGGCUAUAUCAGGGAGGGAUUACGGGCAAAUAGGGAGGUAUAUCAGGGAGGGGACAAAACGGACAUUGGAGGCUAAACGGGGAGGCUAAAAACAGGGAGGAUCUCGGGGGGUUAAGGACAUAGGAGGCUAUAUCAGGGAGGCUUUUCAGGGAGGCUAUAUACAGGGGGGGGAUCACAGGGACAGAGGGAGGCUAUAUACAGGACAGUAGGAAGGCUAUAUCCGAGGGGAUCUACAGACUAGGGAGGCUAUUACAGGGAGGCUAUAUACAGGGAGGGGAUCUACAGGGACAGUAGGGAGGCUAUAUACAGGGAGGCUAUAUACAGGGAGGAUUACAGGGAGUGGGACUACAGGACGUGGGGAGGCUAUAUCCAGACUUAGGGAGGAUAACAGGACAGUAGGGGCUAUAUACAGGGAAUAGGGAGGCUAUAUACAGGAGGGGAUAUACAGGGACUAGGAGGCUAUAACAGGAUUAGGGAGGUUAUCUACAGGGACAGUAGGGAGGCUAUAUACAGGCCCAGUUAAAUCGGAAAGGCUAUAUACAGGAGGCUAUAUACAGGGGGGGAUCUCAGGACAGUAGGGAGGCUAUAUACAGGGAGGCAUAUAAGGUAUAACAGGGAGGCUAUUACGGGGGGCAUAAGGGAGGAUCUACAGGGACGUAGGGAGGCUAUAUACAGGGAGGCUAUAUACAGGGAGGCUAUAUACAGGGGGGGCUAAUACGGGACAAUUAGGGAGGGCUUAUACAGGACAUGGGGAGGCUUAUACGGGGAAAGGCUAUAAAACAGGGAGCUAUUACAGGGAGGGAUCUACAGGACAGUGGGGAAACUAUAUACAGGGAGGCUAUAUACAGGAGGCUAUAUACAGGAGGGGAUCUACAGGACAUUAGGAGUUUCGGUUAUAUACAGGGACAGAGGGAGGCUAAAAUACAGGGACAAAAAGGGAGGCUAUAUACAGGGAGGGUCUACAGGGACAGUGGAGGGGCUAUAUACAGGGAUUUAAUAAGGGGGCUAUAUACAGGACAGUAGGGAGGCUAUAUACAGGGACAGUAGGGAGGCUAAAAUACAGGGAGGCUAUAUACAGGAGGGGAUCUACAGGACAGUAGGGAGGCUAUUACAGGGAAAGGGGGAAAGGCUAUAUACAGGAGGGGGGCUAUUACAGGGAGGGGAUCAAACAGGGACAAAAGGGAGGCUUAUACAGGGAGGCUAUAUACAGGGAUCUAUAUACAGGGAGGGAUCUACAGGGAUUUAAAACAGGGAGGCUAUAUACAGGGAGGCUAUAUACAGGGGGACUAGUAGGGGGCUAUUACAGGGACAGAAAGGGAGGCUAUAUACAGGGAGGCUUAAAAGGGGAUUACAGGACAGUAGGGAGGCUAUAUAAGGACAUAGGGAGGCCUUAUAUACGGAGCUAUUAAGGGGGGCUAUAUACAGGAGGGAUCUACGGACAGUAGGAGCUAUUCGGGAGGCUAUAUACAGGAGGCUAUAUACAGGGAGGGGAUCUAACAGGGACAGUGGGGGAGGUUUAUAUACAGGGGGGGAACAAACAGGGACAGUAAUGGGAGGCUAUAUCAGGGAAUAGGGGGCUAUAUACAGGAAUAGGGAGGAUCAAAACAGGGACAGUAGGAGGCUAUAUACAGUGGGAGUGCUAUAUACAGGGAGGGGAUCUACAGAGACAUAGGAGGCUAUAUACAGGGGGGGAUCUACAGGGCCCUAGGGAGGCUAUAUACAGGGGCAUAUGGGGGCUAUAUACAGGGAGGGGAUCUACAGGGACAGUAGGGAGGCUAUAUACGGGGGGCUUUUAUACAGGGGAAAAGGGGGAUCUACAGGGACAGUAGGGAGGCUAUAUACAGGGAGGCUAUAUACAGGGAGGCUAUAUACAGGGAGGGGAUCUACAGGGACAGUAGGGAGGCUAUAUACAGGGAGGCUAUAUACGGGGAAGGGCUUACACAGGGGACUGUAGGGAGGCUAUAUACAGGGAGAGGGAUUUUAACAGGGCCCAGUAGGGAGGCUAUAUCAGGAGGCUAUAUACAGGGAGGGGAUCUACAGGACAUUAGGGAGGCUAUAUAACAGUAGGGAGCAAAAUACAGGGAGGCAUGGGAUUAAGGGGGACCGGGGUAGGAGGCUAAAAUACAGGAGCUAUAUACAGGGACUUAUACGGGGGACUACUGCAGUAGGAGGCUAUAUACGGGACAGUAGGGAGGCUAUAUCCAGGGAGCUAUAUACAGGGAGGGAUUACGGGACCAAGGGGGGCUUUUAAAACAUGAGGCUUAUACAGGGAGGGGUUUCUCCAGGUUACGGGGUAUGGAGGGGCUAAACAGUGGGAGGCUAUAUACAGGGAGGCUAUAUACAGGGAGGGGAUCUACAGGGACAGUAGGGAGGCUAUAUACAGGGACAGUAGGGAGGCUAUAUAACUAGGGGGCUAUAUACAGGGAGUGAAAGACUACAGGACAGAGGAGGCUAAUACAGGAGGCUAUUACAGGAGGGGAUCUACAGGGUAGGGCUAUAUACAGGAAUGGGGCUAUAUACAGGGAGGCUAUAUACAGGGAGGGGAUCUACAGGGACGUAGGGAGGCUAUAUACAGGGAGGCUAUAUACAGGGAGGCUAUAUACGGGACGUAGGGAGGGCUAUAUACAGGGAGGGGGCUAUAUACGGGAGGCAUAUAAAAGGAGGGGAUCUACAGGACAGUAGGGGGGCCCUAUAUACGGAGGUAAAGGGGAUUACAGGGCCCAUUAGGGGGCUAUAUACAGGGAGGGGGCUAAACAGGGGGCUAUAUACGGGGAGGGGAUCUACGGGGACAUAGGGAGGCUAUAUACAGGAGCUAUAAAAACAGGGAGGGAUCUACAGGGACAGUAGGGAGGCUAUAUACAGGGAGGCUAUAUACAGGGAGGGGAUCUACAGGGACAGUAGGGAGGCUAUAUACAGGGACAGUAGGGAGGCUAUAUACAGGAGGGGAUCUACAGGACAGUAGGGGUAGGGCUAUAAAAGGAGGGAUCUACAGGGACAUAGGGAGGCUAUAUACAGGGACAUUAGGGGGCUAUAAACAGGGGGGGGCUAUAUCGGAGGGAGGCUAUUACAGGGACAGUAGGGAGGCUAUAUACAGGGACAGUAGGGAGGCUAUAUACAGGGAGGCUAUAUACAGGGAGGGGAUCUACAGGGACAGUAGGGAGGCUAUAUACAGGGACAGUAGGGAGGCUAUAUACAGGGAGGCUAUAUACGGAGGGGUCAAAACCAUAGGAGGCUAUAUACGGAGGCUAUAUAAGGGAGGGGAUCUACGGGGACAGUAGGAGGCUAUAUACAAGGGAGGCUAUAUCCAGGAGGCUUUACGGGGAAAGGGGGUUACAGGGACAGUAGGAGGCUUAUACAGGAGGCUUAUACAGGAGGGGACAAAAGGGAAGUAGGGAGGCUAUAUACAGGGACAGUAGGGAGGCUAUAUACAGGGGGCUAUAAAACAGGGGAUUACAGGGCAUAGGGGGCUAUAUACAGGAGCUAUAUAAGGGAAGGGAUCUACGGGGACAGUUAGGGGAGGCUAUAUACAGGGAGGCUAUAUACAGGGAGGGGAUCUACAGGGACAUUAGGGGGCCCUUAUACAGGGAGGCUAUUACAGGAGCUAUAAAAGGGGUAUUACAGGACAGUAGGGAGGCUCAUAAAACAGGACUAGUAGGGAGGCUAUAUACGGAGGCUAUAUACAGGGAGGGGAUCUACAGGGACAGUAGGGAGGCUAUAUACAGGGAGGCUAUAUACAGGGAGGGGAUCUACAGGGACAGUAGGGAGGCUAUAUACAGGGAGGCUAUAUACAGGGAGGGGAUCUACAGGGACAGUAGGGAGGCUAUAUACAGGGAGGCUAUACAGGAGGCUUAUACAGGGAGGGGAUCUACCUGGACUUUAAAAGGGAGGCUAGGGAUACAGGGAUCUAGGAGGCUAUUUUCAGGGAGGCUAUAUACAGGGAGGGGAUCUAGGGACAGUAGGGAGGCUAUAUACAGGGAGGCAAAUAUACAGGACCUGGAGGGUAUUACAGGACAGUAGGGAGGCUAUAUACAGGGAGGCUAUAUACAGGGAGGGGAUCUACAGGGACAUUAGGAGGCUUUUACAGGGAGGCUAUAUACAGGAGGGGACAAAACAGGGACAGUAGGGAUGCUAUAUACAGGAGGCUUAAAACAGGGAGGGGCUAUAUACGGGGACAGUAGGGGCUAUAUACAGGAGGCUAUAUACAGGGAGGGGGUCUACAGAGACAGUAGGAGGCUAUAUAAAAGGGAGGCUAUUACAGGGACAAGGGCUAUAAAAGUGGAGGGGUAUUACAGGACAGUAGGGAGGCUAUAACAGGGAGGCUAUAUCAGGGGGGAUCUACAGGGACGUAGGGCAUAUGGAGCUAUAUACAGGGACAGUAGGGAGCUAUAUACAGGGACAGUAGGGGGAUAUAAGUGACAGUAGGGAGGCUAAUACAGGAGGCUAUAUACAGGGAGGGGAUCUACAGGGACAGUAGGGAGGCUAUAUACAGGGAGGCUAUAUACAGGGAGGCUAUAUACGGGGGAAAGGGGUUAUACAGGGACCAGUAGGGGGGCUAUUACAGGGGGAGGCUAUAUACAGGGACAGUAGGAGGCUAUUCAGGGAGGCUAUAUACAGGGAGGAUAUACGGGGACAGUAGGGAGCUACAAAUAGGGAGGCUAUAUACAGGGAGGCAAAUUACGGGGACAGUAGGGAGGCUAUAUACAGGGAGGCUAAAAUCAGGACAGUAGGGAGGCUAUAUACAGGACAGUAGGGAGGCUAUAUACAGGGAGGCUAUAUCCAGGGAGGAUAUACAAGGACAUUUUAGGGAGGCUAUAUAAAAGGGAGAUAUACAGGACAGUAGGUGAGGCUUUUAAAAGAAAGGGAGGCUAUAGGGAAGUUGGAAUAGGAAGCUAUAUACAGGGGGCAAAUAUACAGGGGGGAUCUACGGACGUAGGGAGGCUAUAUACAGGGAGGGAUCUACAGGGACAGUAGGGAGGCUAUAAAACAGGAGGGGUUUCUACAGGGACAUAGGAGGCUAUAUACGGGAGGGGAUCAAGGGACAGAAGGGAGGCUAUAUAACAGGGAGGGAUCAAACAGGGACAUUAGGAGGCUAUUCAGGGACAUAGGGAGGCAUAUACAGGGGGAUUCCAGGGGGACGUAGGGAGGCUAUUACAGGGACAUAGGGGGCUAUAUACAGGGGGAUCAAAAGGGAGGCUAUAUACAGGGAGGAUUACGAGGUAUCUACGGGACAUAGGGAGGCUAUAUACAGGGAGAUCUACAGGGAGGGUAUUACAGGACAGUAGGGAGGCUAUAUACAGGGACUCAGGGGGGAUUACAGGGAGGCUAUAUACAGGGAGGGCUAUAUCAGGGGGCUAUAUCAAGUGAUGCUAUAUCAAGGAUGCUAUAUACAGGGACAGUAGGAUGCUAUAUACAGGGGGGGAUUACGGGGGAGGGAUCUCAGGGACAGUAGGGAGGCUAUAUACAGGGAGGGAUCUACAGGAGGCUAUAUACGGGAGCUAUAUCCAGGGAGGCUAUAUACAGGGAGGCUAUAUACAGGGAGGCUAUAUCAGGACAGGGGAGGCUAUAACAUGGGAGGCUAUAUACAGGGAGGCAUAUACGGGAGGCUAUAUACAGGAGGCUAUAUACAGGGAGGCUAUAUCCCGGGAGGGGAUCUACAGGGACGUAGGGAGGCAUAUACGGGAGGUAUUACAGGAGAAAUUGGAGGCUAUAUACAGGGAGGGGUUUCUAAAGGGAGGCAUUACGGGGGGGCUACAGGACAGUAGGGGAGGCCUUAUAUACAGGGGCUAUAUACAGGGAGGCUAUAUACAGGGAGGCUAUAUACAGGGAGGCUAUAUACAGGGAGGCUAUAUCAGGGAGGCUAUAUACGGAGGCUAUAUACAGUAGGGACAUUACAGGGAGGCUAUUACAGGGAGGAUUACAGGGGUAUUACAAGGGAAGGCUAUAUACAGGAGGCUAUAUACAUGACAGUAGGGGGCUAUAUACAGGGAGCUAUAUACAGGAGGAUUACGGGAGGCUAUAUACAGGGAGGGGAUCUACGGGGAAAGGGGAGGCUUACAGGGAGCAUAUACAGGAGGCUAUUCAUGGAGGCUAUAUACAGGGAGGGGAUCUACAGGACAGUAGGAGGCUAUAUACAGGGUUAUACAGGGAGGCUAUAUACGGGCUAUACAGGAGCUAUAUACAGGAGAUCUAAGUGAGGGGAUCUAAAAGGACAGUAGGGAGGCUAUAUCCGGGAGGCUAUAUACAUUGAGGGGGAUCUACAGGGAGGGAUCUACAGGACAGAAAGGGAGGCUAUAUACAGGAGGCUAUAUACAGGGACAGUAGGAGGCUUUACCGGAGGCUAAUACAGGGAGGGGAUCUACAGGGAGGGGAUCCCCGGGACUUAAAGGGAGGCUAUAUACAGGGAGGCUAUAUCAGGGAGGCUAUAUACAGGGCAGUAGGGGCUAAUCAGGGACAGUAGGGGGGCUAAAAUACAGGGAGGCUAUAUACAGGGAGCUAUUACAGGAGGCUAUUACGGACAGUAGGGAGGCUAUUACAGGGACAGUAGGGAGGCUAUAACGGAGGCUAUAUACAGGAGGCUAUAUACAGGGACAGUAGGGAGGCUAUAUCGGGACUAGGGAGGCUAUAUACGGGGAGGCUAUAUACGGGGAGGCAUAUACAGGGAGGGAUCUACAGGACGUAGGGAUUAUAGGGAGGCAUAUACGGGGAGGCUAUAUACGGGGAGGGCUAUAUACAGGGGGGGAUUACAGGGAGGGAGGUCUACAGGGAAAGGGUAGGGAGGCUAUAUACAGGGAGGGGAUCUACAGGGAGGCUAUAUACAGGGAGGGGAUCUACAGGGACAGUAGGGAGGCUAUAUACCGGGAGGGGAUCUACAGGGACAGUAGGGAGGCUAUAUACAGGGAGGGGAUCUACAGGGACAGUAGGGAGGCUAUAUACAGGGAGGGGAUCUACAGAGACAGUAGGGAGGCUAUAUACAGGGGGGGAAACAAGUAUUGGAUCCCCUGCUGAUUUUGUAUGUUUGCCCACUGACAAAGAAAUGAUCAGUCUAUAAUUUUAAUGGUAGGUUUAUUUGAACAGUGAGAGACAGAAUAACAACAACAUAAUCCAGAAAAACGCAUGUCAAAAAUGUUAUAAAUUGAUUUGCAUUUUAAUGAGGACUGUAGAUCAUUUCACUGUCUACUCUACACCUGUUGUAUUCGGCGCAUGUGGCAAAUAAAAUUUGAUUUGAUUAAAACUCGUUUUUCAACCACUCCACAAAUUUCUUGUUAACAAACUAUAGUUUUGGCAAGUCGGUUAGGACAUCUACUUUGUGCAUGACACAAGUAAUUUUUCCAAUAAUUGUUUACAGACAGAUUAUUUCACUUAUAAUUCACUGUAUCACAUUUCCAGUGGGUCAGAAGUUUACAUACACUAAGUUGACUGUGCCUUUAAACAGCUUGGAAAAUUCUAGGAAAUGAUGUCAUGGCUUUAGAAGCUUCUGAUAGGCUAAUUGACAUCAUUUGAGUCAAUUGGAGGUGUACCUGUGGAUGUAUUUCAAGGCCUACCUUCAAACUCAGUGCCUCUUUCCUUGACAUCAUGGGAAAAUCAAAAGAAAUCAGCCAAGACCUCAGGAUAAAAAAUUGUAGACCUCCAAAAGUCUGGUUCAUCCUUGGGAGCAAUUUCCAACGACUCAAGGUACCACGUUCAUCUGUACAAACAAUAGUAUGCAAGUAUAAACACCAUGGGACCACGCAGCCGUCAUACCGCUCAGGAAGGAGAUGCGUUCUGUCUCCUAGAGAUAAACGUACUUUGGUGCGAAAAGUGCAAAUCAAUCCCAGAACAACAGCAAAGGACCUUGUGAAGAUUCUGGAGGAAACAUGUACAGAAUUAUCUAUAUCCACAGUAAAACUAGUCCUACAUCGACAUAACCUGAAAGGCCGCUCAGCAAGGAAGAAGCCACUGCUCCAAAACCGCCAUAAAAAAAGCCAGUCUACGGUUUGCAACUGCACAUGGGGACAAAGAUCGUACUUUUUGGAGAAAUGUCCUCUGGUCUGAUGAAACAAAAAUAGAACUGUUUGGCCAUAAUGACCAUCGCUAUGUUUGGAGGAAAAAGGGGAAGACUUGCAAGCUGAAGAACACCAUCCCAACCGUGAAGCACGGGGGUGGCAGCAUCAUGCUGUGGGGGUGCGUUGCUGCAGCAGGGACUGGUGCACUUCACAAAAUAGAUGGCAUCAUGAGGAAGGAAAAUUAUGUGGAUAUAUUGAAGCAACAUCUCAAGACAUCAGUCAGGAAGUUAAAGCUUGGUCGCAAAUGGGUCUUCUAAAUGGACAAUGACCCCAAGCAUACUUCCAAAGUUGUGGCAAAAUGGUUUAAGGACAACAAAGUCAAGGUAUUGGAGUGGCCAUAACAAAGCCCUGACUUCAAUCCUAUAGAAAAUGUGUGGGCAGAACUGAAAAAGCGUGUGCGAUCAAGGAGGCCUACAAACCUGACUCAGUUACACCAGCUCUGUCAGGAGGAAUGGGCCAAAAUUCACCCAACUUAUUGUGGGAAGCUUGUGGAAGGCUACCCGAAAUGUUUGACCCAAGUUAAGGUUAAGUUAAGGCAAUGCUACCAAAUACUAAUUGAGUGUAUGUACACUUCUGACCCUCUGGGAAUGUGAUGAAAGACAUAAAAGCUGAAAUAAAUCAUUCUCUCUACUAUUAUUCUGACAUUUCACAUUCUUAAAAUAAAGUGGUGAUCCUAACUGACCUAAGACAGGGAAUUUGUACUAGGAUUAAAUGUCAGGAAUAGUGAAAAACUGAGUUGAAAUGUAUUUGGCUAAGGUGUAUGUAAACUUCCGACUUCAACUGUAUUUAGUAUAGUUUUAUCUAAAAAGGAUAACUUUUUUUAUGUUUUACUGUUUUUAUUAUUAUGAAAUCCACUGAGGAGGAUGGUCCUCUCCUUCCUCCUCUGAGGAGCCUCCACUGGUUUUGACACAGCCAGAUCAACAGUCGGGGCAGUAGCAUACAGUGGGGAAAAAAAGUAUUUAGUCAGCCACCAAUUGUGCAAGUUCUCCCACUUAAAAAGAUGAGAGAGGCCUGUAAUUUCCAUCAUAGGUACACGUCAACUAUGUCAGACAAAUUGAGAAAAAAAUGUCCAGAAAAUCACAUUGUAGGAUUUUUUAUGAAUUUAUUUGCAAAUUAUGGUGGAAAAUAAGUAUUUGGUCACCUACAAACAAGCAAGAUUUCUGGCUCUCACAGACCUGUAACUUCUUAUUUAAGAGGCUCCUCUGUCCUCCACUCGUUACCAGUAUUAAUGGCACCUGUUUGAACUUGUUAUCAGUAUAAAAGACACCUGUCCACAACCUCAAACAGUCACACUCCAAACUCCACUAUGGCCAAGACCAAAGAGCUGCCAAAGGACACCAGAAACAAAAUUGUAGACCUGCACCAGUCUGGGAAGACUGAAUCUGCAAUAGGUAAGCAGCUUGGUUUGAAGAAAUCAACUGUGGGAGCAAUUAUUAGGAAAUGGAAGACAUACAAGACCACUGAUAAUCUCCCUCGAUCUGGGGCUCCACGCAAGAUCUCACCCCGUGGGGUCAAAAUGAUCACAAGAACGGUGAGCAAAAAUCCCAGAACCACACGGGGGGACCUAGUGAAUGACCUGCAGAGAGCUGGGACCAAAGUAACAAAGCCUACCAUCAGUAACACACUACGCCGCCAGGGACUCAAAUCCUGCAGUGCCAGACGUGUCCCCCUGCUUAAGCCAGUACAUGUCCAGGCCCGUCUGAAGUUUGCUAGAGUGCAUUUGGAUGAUCCAGAAGAGGAUUGGGAGAAUGUAAUAUGGUCAGAUGAAACCAAAAUAGAACUUUUUGGUAAAAACUCAACUCGUCGUGUUUGGAGGACAAAGAAUGCUGAGAUGCAUCCAAAGAACACCAUACCUACUGUGAAGCAUGGGGGUGGAAACAUCAUGCUUUGGGGCUGUUUUUCUGCAAAGGGACCAGGACGACUGAUCCGUGUAAAGGAAAGAAUGAAUGGGGCCAUGUAUCGUGAGAGUUUGAGUGAAAACCUCCUUCCAUCAGCAAGGGCAUUGAAGAUGAAACGUGGCUGGGUCUUUCAGCAUGACAAUGAUCCCAAACACACCGCCCGGGCAACGAAGGAGUGGCUUCGUAAGAAGCAUUUCAAGUUCCUGGAGUGGCCUAGCCAGUCUCCAGAUCUCAACCCCAUAGAAAAUCUUUGGAGGGAGUUGAAAGUCCGUGUUGCCCAGCGACAGCCCCAAAACAUCACUGCUCUAGAGGAGAUCUGCAUGGAGGAAUGGGCCAAAAUACCAGCAACAGUGUGUGUGAACCUUGUGAAGACUUACAAAAAAAGUUUGACCUGUGUCAUUGCCAACAAAGGGUAUAUAACAAAGUAUUGAGAAACUUUUGUUAUUGACCAAAUACUUAUUUUCCACCAUAAUUUGCAAAUAAAUUCAUUAAAAAUCCUACAAUGUGAUUUUCUGGGUUUUUUUUCCUCAAUUUGUCUGUCAUAGUUGACGUGUACCUAUGAUGAAAAUUACAGGCCUCUCAUCUUUUUAAGUGGGAGAACUUGCACAAUUGGUGGCUGACUAAAUACUUUUUUUCCCCACUGUAUAUCUGACCAAAUUAUGAAAGACAAGCAUUGUACUUUUGAAUUCCGUAAAGUGAGUGUGGAAGAGGUGAAAAAAGUAUUGUUGUCUAUCAACAAUUACAAGCCACCGGGGUCUGACAACUUGGAUGGAAAAUUACUGAGGAUAAUAGCGGACGAUAUUGCCACUCCUAUUUGCCAUAUCUUCAAUUUAAGCCUACUAGAAAGUGUGUGCCCCCAGGCUUGGAGGGAAGCAAAAGUUAUUCCACUACCUAAGAAUAGUAAAGCCCCCUUUACUGGCUCAAAUAGCCGACCAAUCAGCCUGUUACCAACCCUUAGUAAGCUUUUUAAAAAAAUGGUGUUUGACCAGAUACAAUGCUAUUUAACAGUAAACAAAUUGACAACAGACUUUCAGCACGCUUAUAGGGAAGGACAUUCAACAAGCACUGCACUUGCACAAAUGACUGAUGAUUGGCUGAGAGAAAUUGAUGACAAAAAGAUUGUGGGGGCUGUUUUGUUAGACUUCAGUGCGUUUUUUGACAUUAUCGAUAAUAGUCUGUUGCUGGAAGAACGUAUGUGUUAUGGCUUUACACCUCCUGCUAUAUUGUGGAUAAAGAGUUACCUGUCUAACAGAACACAGAGGGUGUUCUUUAAUGGAAGCGUCUCCAACAUAAUCCAGGUAGACUCAGGAAUUCCCCAGGGCAGCUGUCUAGGCCCCUUACUUUUUUCAAUAUUUCAGUUUCCCUGCAUUAAAAUAACCGCCCACUGGGAGUGCUGCCUCUGGAUGAGCAUUUUCUUGUUGCUUAUGACCCUAUACAGCUCGUUGAGUGCGGUCUUAGUGCCAGCAUUGGUUUGUGGUAGUAAAUAGACAGCUAUGAAAAAUAUAAAUAAACUCUCUUGGUAAAUAGUGUUGUCUACAGCUUAACAUUAGGGAUUCUAACUCAGGCGAGGAGAACCUCGAGACUUCCUUAAUAUUAGAGAUUGUUUACCAGCUGUUGUUAACAAAUACACACACCUCCCCUCUUGAGCUUUCCCGACGUUGCUGUUCUGUCCUGCCGAUGAAUAGAAAAAACAUUUACAUGUAUAUUAUCCAUGUCCUUGUUCAGCCACGACAGAGGAUAGAAUAUUGCAGAAACAUAGGAUAUUACAGUUCUUCAGGUCCCGUUGAUAGGAUGGUCUCAAACGGAGCUCAUCCAGUUAGUUCUCCAAUAGAACAGAGGGUAGAGGCAGUUUAUGUACUCUCCAAUAGAACAGAGGGUAGAGGCAGUUUAUGUACUCUCCAAUAGAACAGAGGGUAGAGGCAGUUUAUGUACUCUCCAAUAGAACAGAGGGUAGAGGCAGUUUAUGUACUCUCCAACAGAACAGAGGGUAGAGGCAGUUUAUGUACUCUCCAAUAGAACAGAGGGUAGAGGCAGUUUAUGUACUCUCCAAUAGAACAGAGGGUAGAGGCAGUUUAUGUACUCUCCAAUAGAACAGAGGGUAGAGGCAGUUUAUGUACUCUCCAAUAGAACAGAGGGUAGAGGCAGUUUAUGUACUCUCCAAUAGAACAGAGGGUAGAGGCAGUUUAUGUACUCUCCAAUAGAACAGAGGGUAGAGGCAGUUUAUGUACUCUCCAAUAGAACAGAGGGUAGAGGCAGUUUAUGUACUCUCCAAUAGAACAGAGGGUAGAGGCAGUUUAUGUACUCUCCAAUAGAACAGAGGGUAGAGGCAGUUUAUGUACUCCAAUAGAACAGAGGGUAGAGGCAGUUUAUGUACUCUCCAAUAGAACAGAGGGUAGAGGCAGUUUAUGUACUCUCCAAUAGAACAGAGGGUAGAGGCAGUUUAUGUACUCUCCAAUAGAACAGAGGGUAGAGGCAGUUUAUGUACUCUCCAAUAGAACAGAGGGUAGAGGCAGUUUUGUACUCUCCAAUAGAACAGAGGGUAGAGGCAGUUUAUGUACUCUCCAAUAGAACAGAGGGUAGAGGCAGUUUAUGUACUCUCCAAUAGAACAGAGGGUAGAGGCAGUUUAUGUACUCUCCAUAGAACAGAGGGUAGAGGCAGUUUAUGUACUCUCCAAUAGAACAGAGGGUAGAGGCAGUUUAUGUACUCUCCAACAGAACAGAGGGUAGAGGCAGUUUAUGUACUCUCCAAUAGAACAGAGGGUAGAGGCAGUUUAUGUACUCUCCAACAGAACAGAGGGUAGAGGCAGUUUAUGUACUCUCCAAUAGAACAGAGGGUAGAGGCAGUUUAUGUACUCUCCAAUAGAACAGAGGGUAGAGGCAGUUUAUGUACUCUCCAAUAGAACAGAGGGUAGAGGCAGUUUAUGUACUCUCCAAUAGAACAGAGGGUAGAGGCAGUUUAUGUACUCUCCAAUAGAACAGAGGGUAGAGGCAGUUUAUGUACUCUCCAAUAGAACAGAGGGUAGAGGCAGUUUAUGUACUCUCCAACAGAACAGAGGGUAGAGGCAGUUUAUGUACUCUCCAACAGAACAGAGGGUAGAGGCAGUUUAUGUACUCUCCAAUAGAACAGAGGGUAGAGGCAGUUUAUGUACUCUCCAAUAGAACAGAGGGUAGAGGCAGUUUAUGUACUCUCCAAUAGAACAGAGGGUAGAGGCAGUUUAUGUACUCUCCAAUAGAACAGAGGGUAGAGGCAGUUUAUGUACUCUCCAAUAGAACAGAGGGUAGAGGCAGUUUAUGUACUCUCCAAUAGAACAGAGGGUAGAGGCAGUUUAUGUACUCUCCAAUAGAACAGAGGGUAGAGGCAGUUUAUGUACUCUCCAAUAGAACAGAGGGUAGAGGCAGUUUAUGUACUCUCCAACGUAGUUUCGUCAGGGCGCCCUCACGUCAGCCUCACUUACGCUGCCUUUUUCUUUUCAGAGUCGAGGAGAUUAGUGGUCCGGGGUGAGCAGUAUGUCCUCCGCCUCCGACUUGUUGAAGUCUUUAUCUUUCAUAAUUAUAACUGGUUUGGUGAAUAUUCGCUUUGUGAGGGCUGCGAGAUGUUUACCAGGUUUAUCUUCCAUUAAGUAGUAUGCUUUAAUUGAGUUUAACCUGUAGUUUUUGUCUCUCUUCAAAAGUAAAAUAUCAUAUUCCUGCUUAAAUUCAGAUUUAUUUUUUCUUCUUUACCUCUUAAAGAUUUUUUUAUAUGAAAUAUAUUUUGAUUUGUUUAACACUUUUUUGGUUACUACAUGAUUCCAUAUGUGUUAUUUCAUAGUUUUGAUGUCUUAACUAUUAUUCUACAAUGUAGAAAAUAGUAAAAAUAAAGAAAAACCCUUGAAUGAGUAGGUGUGUCCAAACUUUUGACUGGUAGUGUAUAUAAAUCAGAAUUUAACAACAGUUGGACGGAUCCUACGGCCUUCUUAGAAUCAACAACCCCUGAAGCAAUUAUCAGCAGACAAAAAAUAAUCACUAAAAACAGAGAUCACCCAAGAAGAAAUACUAGACAUGGUUAAAAUGAAUGGCACCAGGAAUGGAAGCUUUCCCACAUAAUUCUAUUAACAUUCUGGGACAAAGUAGCAUCCCUAUUUACACAGAUGACAUCACACGUCACUCAAUUCAGUGCUUCCUAGUUCCAUGUAUCAAACAGUUAUUUCAGUUAUAUUAAAAACAAUAAAACCUGGAGUGUCCCCUGCUGAUUACAGACCCAUACGUUUAAUAAAUUGUGACAGUAAAAUAAUAACAAAGCUCAUAAGCAACAGAAUGGCAAAAGUCUUACCAGACUUGAUACAUAUCAAACAGGGUUUAUAUGAAAUAAACACUUUCAUACAAAUGAAAGAACAUGUUUCAGUUUAACACAAUACGCUAAAAAACAAGAUAUAGAUUGAUCAAUAAUGGCUGUUGAUGCCGAAAAGGCUUUCGACUGUUUUGAGUGGCCUUUUCUAUUCAAAACUUUGGAAGCUUUCAACUUUCCAGCUGAAAUAAUACAUUUAAUAAUAAUAUAAUAUAAAUAACCUAAAGCAAAAAUAUACACAAAUAAUACAUUAUCUGAAGAAAUUACUUUACAAAGGGGCACAAGACAGGGAUGUCCUCUAUCCCCCUCCUGUUUGCACUGGCAAUUUGAACCGCUUCUAGGAAGAAUUAGACGGUACCCAAACGUGACAGGUAUCAGUAUUGGUAAACAUGAAUAUAAAACUGAACUUAUUUGCAUAUGAUCUCCUGAUAUACCUGACCAAUAUUGAAAAGUCAAUGCCCCCCUUUAUAAAAAAAUUUUUUCAGAAUACUCAAAAAUCUCAGGACAUAAAAAACAAAAUAAUGGCAAUUGGAAAAUGAAAAAUAAUAACUCAUAUGAUCUACAGCAAUGCUUUAGGUGGACCACAAAAUAUAAAAUACUUAGGUGCUUAAUAAGUGACAACAAUAUAUAUAAAGAUAACUUUAUCCCAUUACUCAACAAUAUGAAAGCAGAUCUAAUUAAAUGGAACAAUCUUCCCAUAAAUCUUACAGGUAGAGUAAACGUCUUCAGAAUGGCAUGGCUCCCAAAGGUUUUAUAUGUAUUCUUGGUAAUACCAAUUACCCCACCAAAGACAUUCUUUAAAAAAAAAGUAUACUCAGUCAUAAGACUUUAUAUGGACAAAUAAAACUCAUAGAAUAAAAAGGAAAGCUUUACAUCUUCCUAAGUCUGAGGGUGCGACGUAUAGUUAAAUGCACUAAAAAGGAACAAUGGGUACAUAUUGAAGAUGCGUAUGCUAACCCCCAGAAUCUUUUCACGUGUCUAUUUUCAAAGGAUAAAGCUAAGAACAUUAACAACUUCAUAGUUAAGAACACUAUAACAAUCCGGAAGAUAAUGAAACGUAUUCUACAAGAACCAAUAUCACUCCCUGAAAACACACCCCUAUGGAACAAUCCUUGGAUAACUUUUCACAAUUCACAGAUAAAUUGGCCCAGAUGGAAAACUAAAGGCAUAAAUACCGUAAAUGACUUGGUAAUAGGAAAUAAAUGUAUUUCCAUGACAGAAUUAAAAAGCAAUUUUGGACUGACCAAUGUAGAUGUUUUCCAAUACAUGCAACUUAAAAGUUUCAUAUAACAACAUUUUGAUCUGAAAUCUUUUGGACAUCAGAGCAAUCUUGAGGGAAUCCUAUUGGAGUUAGAAAAUGAUGUUCAUAUGAUAGGUAAGAUAUACCAAACCUUGCAGAAAACCUGUACAAUUUACAAUCUCUUCGAAAAAAGUAUAACUACUGGAACCAAGACUUAAAAAGAACUGAUAUUGGCAGAAGAUGGAGGUUGGGACAGAACUAACGAAAUGACAGUUAAGACAAAUGUAAGCUUAAUCCAGUGGGCAGAGUUAGAAACUUGGCUGUCAGAAGUAUUACAAUGUAAAUGUACUUUUAAUCUGUCUGUCAGCAUAUUUCAAGAUAUAGCAUAUGAGGGUGCAGUGAGAUACCCGAUGGGUUGGACGUUAACUUUUCUCGUCAGUUAUCUUGAAAAAAUGUAUACUUAAAAACUGGGAAUCAACCAAUCCUUCAACGUUAACACAAUGGAAAGGUCAAAUGCUUUAUUAUCUAAAUGUUGAAAGUGUGUGGGCGACAGAGAAACAAAAUGGUGUGGUUUGAAGCCAUGUGGCAGAGAGUGAAGCUGGCGCUGGAGAUGGGGGUUUGGUCAGGUGGGUGUGGCCAGGUGGGAUGUUGUUGAUCUGGAGAUGGGGGUGUGGUCAGGUGGGAUGUCGUGGAUGUUUGUGUGCGUCUGUAUGUUGUGGUUUGUAUGUGUAUGUUGUGUAUUAUAAAAAUAAAUAAAUAAAUGAUAUAGUGUUACCACAAUGUUUCCUAGCAUGGCAUGAGCCAUAAUUUCCCGUGAUUCCAUUCCCUGAUCCCAACAUUCCCAUGAUCCUCUGUGUUCCAGGAAGUGGUGACACUGAGGAACCUGUGGUCGCUGGGUUACCAGGUGAUUGUCUCCUAUGAGCACUGCGUGGUCCGCCUCUACAGCGACCUUUGGCCUCACAUCCCCUACUGGUGGGCCAACAAGUGUAAAGCUGAGGCUCUGAUCGAGGAGUUCGAACACAGGAAACAACAUGGCCGCCCAGGUAACCUGCAGAUGGCCACAUUUUGCUAUGAAAUAUUGUGCAGAGUAAGGAUUAUCUAACACUGCCUAUGCAAAUAAUUUUGAAAUAGAAGUGCUGCUGUGCACUUUUAGGGGCCGAUUCAGACUUCGGAAAUGUACGCCUUUUCUAUGCACCCCUCCUACCCACUUCUCAGUAUUUGGUAUUCAGACGUAUCUUAUGGCUACCUUAAGUUACCUUAUGCGCUCAGAAUAAAUGUAAUUCAACCACUGUAACCCCUCCCACUUGCUGGCCAACAGAUUUUCUCGUGGAGUUUUCAUUCAAUAAGGUUUUUAGUACAUCUAUCUUAAGCCAUCCCUUUAAAUACUGUGUACCUUUUCAUAUUUUGAAUUUUGGGCUGUAGUGACGCCGCCUUAGACCGCUGUACCUUUUAGUUAGAAUUUUGUUGACAGACUCACUAGAAAACUAGAACACAUCUAUACACUCCUCUGUAAACUGGUCAUCGCUGGAUAACCGUCGCAAGACCCACUGGUUGAUGCUUAUUUACAAAACUCUCUUUGGCCUCACUCCUCCCUAUCUGAGAUACCUACUGCAGCCCUCAUUCACCACAUACAACACCCGUUCUGCCAGUCACAUUCUCUUUAUGCAGUGUUGUGGCGUCUCUCUUUAUGUAGUGUUGUGGCGUCUCUCUUGUUGUGAUGUGUGUUUGUCCUAUAUUUAUAUAUAUAUAUAUUUUUUUAUCCCAGCCCCCGUCCCCGCAGGAGGCCUUUUGCCUUUUGGUAGGCCGUCAUUGUAAAUAAGAAUUUGUUCUUAACUGACUUGCCUAGUUAAAUAAAGGUUUUUUUUUUAAUUCAAAAAAUCAAUAUAUAUAUCGAGAGAGCAGGUUCAGAAUAUUAGGGAUCAAUGAAAGAAAGCUAUCUAAAUACAGUGGGGAAAAAGGUAUUUAGUAAGCCACCAAUUGUGCAAGUUCUCCCACUUAAAAAGAUGAGAGAGGCCUGUAAUUUUCAUCAUAGGUACACGUCAACUAUGACAGACAAAUUGAGCUUUUUUUUUCUCCAGAAAAUCACAUUGUAGGAUUUUUUAUGAAUUUAUUUGCAAAUUAUGGUGGAAAAUAAGUAUUUGGUCACCUACAAACAAGCAAGAUUUCUGGCUCUCACAGACCUGUAGCUUAUUCUUUAAGAGGCUCCUCUGUCCUCCACUCGUUACCUGUAUUAAUGGCACCUGUUUGAACUUGUUAUCAGUAUAAAAGACACCUGUCCACAACCUCAAACAGUCACACUCCAAACUCCACUAUGGCCAAGACCAAAGAGCUGUCAAAGGACACCAGAAACAAAAUUGUAGACCUGCACCAGGCUGGGAAGACUGAAUCUGCAAUAGGUAAGCAGCUUGGUUUGAAGAAAUCAACUGUGGGAGCAAUCAUUAGGAAAUGGAAGACAUACAAGACCACUGAUAAUCUCCCUCGAUCUGGGGCUCCACGCAAGAUCUCACCCCGUGGGGUCAAAAUGAUCACAAGAACCACACGGGGGGACCUAGUGAAUGACCUGCAGAGAGCUGGGACCAAAGUAACAAAGCCUACCAUCAGUAACACACUACGCUGCCAGAGACUCAAAUCCUGCAGUGCCAGACGUGUCCCCCUGCUUAAGCCAGUACAUGUCCAGGCCCGUCUGAAGUUUGCUAGAGUGCAUUUGGAUGAUCCAGAAGAGGAUUGGGAGAAUGUCAUAUGGUCAGAUGAAACCAAAAUAGAACGUUUUGGUAAAAACUCAACUCGUCGUGUUUGGAGGACAAAGAAUGCUGAGUUGCAUCCAAAGAACACCAUACCUACUGUGAAGCAUGGGGGUGGAAACAUCAUGCUUUGGGGCUGUUUUUCUGCAAAGGGACCAGGACGACUGAUCCGUGUAAAGGAAAGAAUGAAUGGGGCCAUGUAUCGUGAGAUUUUGAGUGAAAACCUCCUUCCAUCAGCAAGGGCAUUGAAGAUGAAACGUGGCUGGGUCGUUCAGCAUGACAAUGAUCCCAAACACACCGCCCGGGCAACGAAGGAGUGGCUUCGUAAGAAGCAUUUCAAGGUCCUGGAGUGGCCUAGCCAGUCUCCAGAUCUCAACCCCAUAGAAAAUCUUUGGAGGGAGUUGAAAGUCUGCGUUGCCCAGCGACAGCCCCAAAACAUCACUGCUCUAGAGGAGAUCUGCAUGGAGGAAUGGGCCAAAAUACCAGCAACAGUGUGUGAAAACCUUGUGAAGACUUACAGAAAACGUUUGACCUGUGUCAUUGCCAACAAAGGGUAUAUAACAAAGUAUUGAGAAACUUUUGUUAUUGACCAAAUACUUAUUUUCCACCAUAAUUUGCAAAUAAAUUCAUUAAAAAUCCUACAAUGUGAUUUUCUGGAUUUUUUUUCCACAUUUUGUCUGUCAUAGUUGAUGUGUACCUAUGAUGAAAAUUACAGGCCUCUCUCAUCUUUUUAAGUGGGAGAACUUGCACAAUUGGUGGCUGACUAAAUACUUUUCCCCCCCACUGUAGAUGCAUAUUAGUCUGUUUCAGCAUCAAUUGGUAGAUAAAAAAAAAAACUCUGAUCUUGUAGCUUUUUCCACUUGGAACCGGUUGGUUUGCUAAACCUUAUUCAUGUUUUCCUCUCGCGUAAAGGUGGUGGAAUUAUGAGGGAAUUAAAUUGAGGUCAGAAUACUGCGUAUCUAUACACACCUUCAUUUACACCAUCUUCACCCCCAGACAAAUAGCUGGUGAAUAGCAUGCUAUUCUCAUGCUUAAGUUUAAUAUCAGAAUAGGGAAUUACGUUCCAUUUACGCUCGCUUAUCUCGGGUCGGAAUUCCCCCGUACUGAAUAGUAAAACAGUUAUACACUCUUAUAACGUGAUUAGAAUGUAUCUGUAAUAUUGUGCAGAGUUAUCUAACACCGUCUACGGCAUCAUUUCUCACCAAUAUUUUCAAUGAAUAACAUUUGUUUGUGGGAGGGGAUGUGUUGUAAUGAGUGUUUUUUGUAACAGAAUCAAACAGAACAUUGAAUGAUAUGAUCUCGUGGUUUUUGUCAGGAGGGUUCUUUGUGACGGGCAUCAACCUGACAGAGGAUCUGAAGUACAUCUGUUCUCACCCCACUGAGUCUCUGAAGGACCUGGUGAUGUCUACCUACCCCGCCCUGCUCGCCUGGGUCAGGGGUCAGAGCCCCGGCUCCGAUACCCACUCCCUCAACAUAAUAGCUGGUGACUUUGUCUCAGAGAGCCACUUCGUACCCACCGUCAUCGCACUGAAUCAACAUUUAAUCCACUGCGCUGGUCCUCGGGAUGUUAGCAGAGAAAACUGA